GUAACAGAGGUGGAAAAAUUAUCUCUAAUCGGUAUCUGUCCUUUCUUGGCCUUCUCUUCUGUCUUUUACUCUAUCCUCCUCAUAUCUUUUUUCUCACCUUCAACCUCUCUAUAUCCUCCGCCCACCUGCCUCUCUGUCUCUCUUUCUCACUCUCUCUCUCUUUCCCUUUGUUUCUGUCUCAGCCAUUUCCCACCUAAUGCAUCACACCAACUCUCUCGAUGCAACUGAAUGUUGAGAAAUCAUCACUGACCCCAAAAGAGCCCAUAAAAGAAAAUCUGGAGCAGAAGAAGAGGAGGAGGAGGAGGGAUUAAGAGGAGAAAAGGUCAAACCGACAAAAGAAUAUCGAUCAUGAUUCACUCAAAUCACUCGAUCCGCUCCUUCUUCUGCUGCUGCUGUGCAGUACAGACCAGGGAGUACAGCACGCGCAUGGAGCUGGAGGGAAGCACCUCCCUGUGUUUCCAGAGUAGACGAUACCCAGGAAACGGCUGUCGGGUGGACAGGUCGAUGAAGAAGCUCCCCCUCCCCCCUCCUGAAGACGUGGACGGCAUAGGCGGGGGGUUGCUGGUGGUCGUCGCCAUGUAUGACUUCAAGGCGAAGGAGGACACUGACCUCACACUUAAACAGGGAGAAGAGUACAUCAUCCUCCACAAACAGGACCAGCUGUGGUGGAGAGCGCAGGACAAACACGGGAAUAAAGGUUUCAUCCCCAGUAACUAUGUGACAGAGAGAAACAGAAUCGAGGCAAACUCGUGGUACUGCAAGAACAUCACCAGGACAGAAGCUGAGCAGCUGCUGAGACAAGAGAACAAAGAGGGAGGUUUUUUGGUCCGGGAAUCCAGUCAGAAGGGAGUCUACACGGUCUCUGUCUUUACUAAAACAUCAAGUCCUAACGGGGAUAUUCGCCAUUACCAGAUCAAAAUCAGUGACAGUGGACAGUUUUAUUUGGCUGAAAAACACACAUUCAAUACCAUCCCUGAAGUCGUACACUACCAUGAACACAACGCAGCCGGUUUGGUGACCAGGUUGCGGUAUGCAGUUGGACCAAUGGGGAGAUGUGUUCCUGCUACAGCUGGAUUCAGCUCAGAGAAGUGGGAGAUCAACCCCAGUGAGCUGACCUUUAUGAAGGAGGUUGGCAGCGGUCAGUUUGGUCUGGUGAGGCUCGGAAAGUGGAGGGCUGAGCACAAAGUGGCCAUCAAGGCAAUCAGAGAGGGAGCCAUGUACGAGGAGGACUUCAUCGAGGAGGCUAAGGUCAUGAUGAAGUUGUGCCAUCCUAAGCUGGUGCAGCUGUAUGGUGUCUGCCUGCAGCAGCGCCCCCUGCUGAUUGUGGCCGAGUUUAUGGAGAACGGCUGCCUGCUAAAUUUUCUACGGCAGAGGGGCGGGACUCUAAAGGAGGCGUGGCUUCUGUCCAUGUGCCAGGAUGUUUGUGAGGGAAUGGAGUACCUGGAGGCUCAUAGUUUCAUCCACAGAGAUCUGGCCGCCAGGAACUGUCUGGUCAAUGAGCACAAUGUGGUGAAGGUCAGCGACUUUGGAAUGACCAGGUACGUUCUGGACAACCAGUACACUAGUUCCAGCGGUGCCAAGUUCCCAGUGAAGUGGUCACCUCCCGAAGUUCUUCAUUUUAGUAAAUACAGCAGCAAGUCUGACGUCUGGUCGUUUGGUGUGGUGAUGUGGGAGAUCUACUCGGAGGGUCGGACUCCAUUUGAAAACCGCACUAAUGCUGAUGUAGUCAAUGACAUCACCAGAGGAGUCAGACUGUACCGCCCACACCGUGCCUCACAGCCGCUCUACGCCAUCAUGUACCGCUGCUGGCAUGAGAAAGCUCAGGGUCGGCCAUGUUUCUCAGAGCUGCUGGAGGAAAUCAGGAAACUGGCAGAAAAUCCGGAUUAAUACAAACAAGCUUCAGUGUUGAUUGUAAAGAUUUUUCUAAUGUAAAUAAUAACUGUAUAUAAACCAUUAUUUGUCAUUGCAAAUAAAUAUU